CCGUUUCUACCUCAUAAUUUUAAUCUUAACAUGUCUGUCGAUGUGUCAUAUUUGCCGUCUGCUAUUACUUUUAAAUCAUGCUGUAAGACGUAUGUUUAUCGAGAAACGUCAGUGGAAUUAAAUCCAAUUGGAAAUAUGACAGUAAAAACAGCUCAUGUCAGAUCAUCACAAAUGCCUUCUGUAACCUUAACAAAACAGGAUCCUUAUUUUCGAGCCAACAAGUUUUCAGAUGACGAGUUAUAUUCAUUGAUAAUGGUAGAUCCUGAUGUACCAAACCCUAAAGUCGGCAGUAAUUCUCAUCCUUUGAUUCAUUGGAUGAUUCUUAAUAUCCCAAAAGGGAAUGUAAAUGAUGGUGUAACAGUUAGAGAAUACAAAGGUCCACAGCCACCUAGCGGUGUUCAUACUUACUACUUUCUACUAUAUCUACAAAGUUCUCGAAUAAGUCCAUCAGUGAUCAGUAAUUACACCACAUCAUGUACUAGGUGUCUGUUUGAUAUAAACGAUUUUACAAUGGAUCAAGGAUUCACGCUGGCAGGCGCCACUUAGUUUCGAGCUGAAUAUGAUGAAUAUGUUCGCCAUCAGAAAGUGUAUGAAAGCGGCAAGGAUGCAACAGCAGAGUGUGCCAAAGAACCACAAUAUCCACAGUCGUGUUCUGGCGUAUCUAUAUCUCAUA